AUGCGGAAGCCAACCGCGUCGAAUGGGCGACCAAAGCAGGCACCAGAAAGGCAGAAGCGCUCUGGAAGAAGCCAGGAGAAGGGAACUCGGGGGAGCGAUCCCGCCGGGCCAGCGCUGCUUUCUUCUGAUUGGCAGAGCAGCCAGAUAAGCGGGAGGGGGCGCCUCACCUGGCUCAGGUACGGGACGGGAAGUACCUGUUGCUUUGAGGAUCACGUGCCUCGGAGGGGAGGAGGCGGCGGCGGCGGCGGCGGCGCUGUCGUCGUUGCGGGAGAGCGACUGCUGGGUCAGGGCGAGCUCUCGAGCUCAGAAGCUGCUUGGCCGACAGUGCGAAGCAGUGGCAAACAAGCCUGGCAUCUCUCUCCCAGGACUUUCUUGCAGCAGAAGAACUACCUGGAGUAUUUGGGAGGUUGCUGCAAUACAGACAGAAGUUCCUCCGGUGAUAACAGCACAGCAGGGCCUACGUCAGUGCCACCCACUUCUCCCAAAGGCCUCUCGAAGGCGGAACUGGAAGCUGCUAUAGCUGUGCCUUGUGUUUUUGUAGGACUCUUGCUAAUUGGCCUUUUGGUUUUCAUGGGACUCAAAAUUCGAGAGAAGCGCCAGACAGAAGGGACCUACCGGCCCAGCAAUGAGGAGCAGGCAGGGACCCGUGUGGAACCACAGACCAACCUCAAGCUGCCUCCAGAAGAGCGACUUAUCUGACAGAGUGAAAAAGGACACAAUUUUGGGGUCUCUCCUUGGAAAAAGCUGCUUAGCACACUGGACUAAAAAAAAAAAAAGAUUGAGAACGGACCUGUAAAACUGGAAGAGCCCCGGUAUGGUUGGCAGCAUUCCCAGCUGGCUGGCUAGCUAUGAAUAGCUGUCAGUGGAGAAGUUCCAAAUGUCAGGAAGAAGGCAGCCCGGGAGCUGAGUAGAGAUGCAAGAUGGGAUCCUGCUCUCUGCACCCAGAAAGAAAAGGCCCACCCUGAUGCUAUGGGAACAGACCAUGCUGUUGCUCUUCCUAGAAUAGAAUCGACUGUGCAGCCAGUGGGAACGGUCGGUCUUUCUGAAGAGAGAAGGAUGGUGGCUUCGGGAUAUGAAGGCUGCUGCCUUAGCCCAACUGGUGGAUUCUGGGAGGGGAUUUUGCCUUUCAAGUGUUUUUUUUAAGUGUGUGUUUGUUGUCUCCCCUGCCUUUAAGAAUGCCACUUUCUAAUAAAAGUCAAUCUCCCUUUUUUGAUGAGGGAAAAAAUGGCACCACUUGAUGAAUUGUGCGGUGGCGGAAGGGUUAAUGCACUCAGUUGCUUGAUGGAAAGUUUAUUCUGAAACGAUCUAAAUGCAUCACUCACACCAAGCAAUAAAAUGAAGCAAACCAUC